CUCCCCUUGUCUGCGACCCAGGGAAUGGCAGCACUGUCAUUCUAGUCACUCAACAACCACCACCACCUGCACCCCCGCUCGCUCCGGGCAAUGGCGGCGGUUCUGGCGGUCCUGGUGUCGGCGGUGGCCGCCACGUCCAUCACGGCCGCGGCGCUCAACACGGACGGUCUCGCGCUGCUGGCGCUCAAGUUCGCCGUCUCAGACGACCCGGGCGGCGCGCUGUCCACGUGGCGGGACGCGGACGCCGACCCCUGCGCCUGGUUCGGCGUCACAUGCUCCACCGCCGCCGGCCGCGUCUCCGCCGUCGAGCUCGCCAACGCCUCGCUGGCCGGGUACCUCCCGUCGGAGCUCUCGCUGCUGUCGGAGCUGCAGGCGCUGUCGCUGCCCUACAACCGGCUCUCGGGGCAGAUCCCGGCGGCCGUGGCCGCGCUGCAGCGGCUGGCCACGCUCGACCUCGCGCACAACCUGCUGUCGGGCCCGGUCCCGCCCGGGGUGGCGCGCCUCGUCUCGCUGCAGCGCCUCGACCUCUCCUCCAACCAGCUCAACGGCACGAUCCCCGCCGCGCUGGCCGCGCUCCCGCGCCUGGCCGGCGUGCUCAACCUCAGCUACAACCACUUCACGGGCGCCGUCCCGCCCGAGCUCGGCGCCAUCCCCGUCGCCGUCAGCCUCGACCUCCGCGGGAACGACCUGGAGGGGGAGAUCCCGCAGGUCGGCUCGCUCGUCAACCAGGGCCCCACCGCGUUCGACGGCAACCCGCGCCUGUGCGGCUUCCCGCUCAAGGUCCAGUGCGCGGGGGCCGCCGGGGCGGACGACGACCCGAGGAUCCCGAACUCCAACGGCCCCACCGACCCUGGCGCUGCGGCGGAGGUCGGGAGGAGGGGAGGCCCGAGGCAGCCGCGGCGGCGGCGCUCGUCGCCGGCGGUCCCGGUCCUCGCGGCCGUCAUCGUCGUCGCCCUCGUCGCCGGCGUGGUUCUGCAGUGGCAGUGCCGGCGGCGGUGCGCCGCCGCGGCCGGGGACGAGGGGAAGGAGUCCGGCAAGGAGAAGGGCGGCGGCGCGGUGACGCUCGCCGGCAGCGAGGACCGCCGCAGCGGCGGGGAGGAAGGGGAGGUGUUCGUGGCCGUCGACGACGGCUUCGGGAUGGAGCUGGAGGAGCUGCUCCGGGCCUCCGCCUACGUCGUCGGCAAGAGCCGCGGCGGCAUCGUGUACCGGGUCGUCCCCGGCCGCGGCCCCGCCGUCGCCGUCCGCCGCCUCAGCGAGCCCGACGACGGCGACAGCGAUGGCUCCGGUUCUGGCUCCGGCUGGCGCCGCCGCCGCGCGUUCGAGGCCGAGGCUGCCGCCAUCGGCCGCGCGCGCCACCCUAACGUCGCCCGCCUCCGCGCCUACUACUACGCCCCCGACGAGAAGCUGCUCAUCUACGACUACCUCCCCAGCGGCUCCCUCCACUCCGCUCUCCACGGUGGCCCGACGGCGUCGCCGACGCCAUUGCCGUGGUCCGUGCGUCUGUCCAUCGUGCAGGGCGCGGCGCGCGGGCUGGCGUAUCUGCACGAGUGCAGCCCGCGGCGGUACGUGCACGGCUGCAUCAAGUCGUCCAAGAUCCUGCUGGACGACGAGCUCCGCGCGCACGUGUCCGGGUUCGGGCUCGCCCGCCUGGUCGCCGGCGCGCACAAGGCCGCCGGCGGCGGGCACUCCAAGAAGCUCGGCAGCGCGGCAUGCGCGCUCCGAGGCGGUGGCGCGGCGUCGUACGUGGCCCCGGAGCUGCGCGCGCCCGGCGGCGCCCCCGCCGCGGCCGCCACGCAGAAGGGGGACGUGUUCGCGUUCGGCGUCGUGCUGCUGGAGGCCGUGACCGGGCGCGAGCCCACGGAGGGGGAGGGCGGCGUGGACCUGGAGGCCUGGGUGCGCCGCGCGUUCAAGGAGGAGCGGCCGCUGUCGGAGGUGGUCGACCCCACGCUGCUCGGCGAGGUGCACGCCAAGAAGCAGGUCCUGGCCGUCUUCCACGUCGCGCUCGGGUGCACGGAGCCCGACCCCGAGAUGCGCCCGCGCAUGCGCGCCGUCGCCGAGAGCCUCGACCGGAUCGGCUGACUUCCAGCGCGACGGCGUCCGGCCGGCCGCCGGUUACUGAUCAUCAACUACGUAGGUGCAAUCCAACGCAUAAAAGAGACUCGCAGUCCUGUUCAUGUAGAUUAGCGCAGUUAAGCAUUGUGGAUUUCAGAGACGGUAAACGCAGGUAAAAACAAUCAUCAUCCGCUCCA